CAUCUCAACCCAUCCAUCCACAACCGCACAAUCAAAAAAAGACCACAUCCCACGAACAUAACAUCAACACUAAUAACCAAGCCAUUAUACCUAAUCCGCCGAAACGCACCACCUACAAAAACAGGAAAAUAAAAACUCACCAUGUCUCAUCUCCGCCAUACCUCACUCCUCCGUCCCCGCCCCUCAAUCCACGAAAUCGCAAAUUCGAUUCUUUCCCCGCGGUCAUCUUUCUCAACACAUUGUAUAAACACUAGUAAACGAUAUACAUCGCAAAAGAACAAGAAUCUACACUCUACAAAUCCAAAUAAAGCACAUCCCUCAACACAAUUCCCCCAAAUCAACAUCUCCCACUCACGCCGCUAUUCCGAAAAAGUCCCCUCCUCCCACAAAACACCCAUCUCCAUCUCCAACACUCCAACACCGCAAUCUCCCUACUCUACGCCACACAAAUAUUCCCACGCCCCUACGACCCAUGACCGCGGACCUCCCUCUUCAGAAACAACACAGACGGAUUUCAGCAUGCUAGAUGUCCUAGGUAAUACGCCCUCACCGAGCACGAGUAUCGACGCGUGUUUAAGCGAUGGGUUUCAUUUGAAUAGCGGGGUGAAAGUUGGUGGGGAUGGGAAACUUGUAGAGGGGAGAUGGAGGGGUGGGAGUGGUGUUUUGCUUGUAGGGGGUGAGGCGUUUGGGUGGAGACCUUGGGUUUAUGAGGAAGGGGAGAGGGAGGGGCAGAAGGAGGAGGAGAGGGAAUUGGUUAAUACGAAGGGACAAUUUGAUUGUGUGGAUGAGGCCUGGGGGGUUUUGGGGUGUGUUUGGCCUAGACCUGGUGGGUUUAUUCCUUUAUUCAUUUCUUUCUUUUUUUUAUUUCCUUAUCUUCUCUUCUCUUCCCUUCUCUGGAAAAUGAAAACAGUAGUUCCCUCUCAAAUCCCUCGAGACAAUUACUAACCUACCCAUCUCCCUCCAAUAGAUCUUCUCAUCCUCGGCCUAGGCAAAGAAAUGCGACCCAUUUCCCCUAAAACCCGCGCUUUUAUAAAUGGAUUGGGUAUAAGAAUUGAAGUGGCCGAUACGAGGAACGCGGCUGCACAGUUUAAUUUGUUGGCGACGGAGAGAGGGGUGGGAAGUGUUGCUGCGGCUUUAAUACCUAUUGGACGAUAGAUGAGUGAUGAAUGUGGGGGUGGGUUUGUGGAGAUGGGAAUUUUGGGCUGGGAUAUUGUGAGGGGAGAGAGGAUGGGAUAAGGAUGGAGUAGGGGUGGAAUAGUAGAGAAGGGCUAAUUGCUCAUAGAAAUCUCUACAUCACAGGGACUCUCCUAAUAGAAACAGAGAUCUUUCACAACUUCUCAAAAUGUAUAAUCCUAAAAAAAUAGAAAAAAACAUGAAAUCUAAAUCCCCCU